CAAGGGCCCAUCUUCAAUUGAGGGCUGCGCCUCGGCAUUAUUAUCUCGGCACAACAAUCUCUGUUCGCCUUCUCUUCCAUCCUUUGCAAUUCAAGCCCUGUUGUUCAAUCCAGCACUGCAAAACCAUGAUUAGCAUUCUUGCACAAGAGCGUCUUCUCGGUGCUGCCUUGGGGAGUGCUUUCGUGGGUCUUGUUGUUUUUGAGCAAAGGAAACGCAUUUAUGAAUCUAUUUCUGCUGAUCGUAAUCAAUUGGAUUCUCAAUCUCAGUUGAGAGAGCCCAUAUUUGGAAAGCAAUUUCGCACGCAGUUUGAACUUAUGUGGAACAAAGCUGUGGAUGAAACGUUUAGACCAGUGGUUGCUUCUCUUAAUUCACGCAGGCAAUAAAGCUUUUGCUGUAUUUUAAAGAUAAAUGUAUGAGUAUCUUUAUCAUUUUUUGGGGAGAUUUGUACAUGCAAGGGCAUGUCUAUAUUUGUACCUCUUAUACUUCCUAAAUCAUUUUUAUGGGACAGGUCACCUGGACCAGUCUCAUGAUUCAGUAACAUUUAACCUUAUGUGGUUAUGCUUGAAUUAUACUGUAUAAGACAUACAGAAUCGUAAUUUCUUUGUUUAUCUUUGUA